UUAAAUAGAUGUAAUAUGGCCAGUAUCCACAACGAAGUCGUGAAACGUGUACAAAAACCCGGCAAGGAAACUGACGUCUUGCCGGCCGGGAAAGGAACCAAAUUCGUCUUUCAUGUUAAAUGUUUCCAGGAUGCGGCCGAAAAUACUGUUUUAGAUGACAGCCAUCUCUGGAGUAAGCCAAUGGAACUUAUCUACGGACAUCAGUUCAAGCUCGAGAUAUGGGAGACCUUUCUGGCUUCAAUGAAAGUAGGCGAAGUAUCGGAGUUCACUUGUCCUUUCCAUUUGGUCAUGAGUUAUCCCAAAGUGGCGGCUCAACUACGGAAAAUCAUGCUUGAGAAUAACGCUAAUCCAGAACCCGAAUCGCAUUGUUGUGGAAUGAGUGUUCAAAACAUUUCAGUGGGGUAUCACGACUUGGAUCAUCUCAUAUCAAAUCCGCCAAAAUAUCUUGUGUUCCAGUUUGAACUGCUCGAGCGUUUUGAACCAGAUUCUUACGAGAAAGAAACAUGGACAAUGUCAGACCAGGAGAAAAUAUCAAGAAUUUCUAAUUUGAGGGAAAUUGGGAACGAGGACUUCAGAAAUGGAGACGUCGAUAAAGCCUCUAAACAGUACUACGAAGCAAUCGCACUGUUGGAUCAGCUUAUUUUGAAAGAGAAACCAGGCUCGUCUGAGCACACGAAAUUAAACAACACGAGAUGUCCUCUUCUGUUGAAUUUUUCACAGUGCUGUUUCGAAAAGGAAGAAUUCUACAAGGUCAUCUGCCACACCACAGAAGUUCUGGAACACCAGCCAGAAAACGUUAAGGCAUACUUCAAGCGUGCAAAGGCUCACAAAGCUGUGCACGAUUACAAACAAGCGAUAGAUGAUAUGACAAAAGCGAUGGAAUUGAACCCGAAUUUGGAACAAGUUGCAGUUUCAUUCAUUAAUUCCAUCAAAGAAAUCCAGGCCGAAAACGACAAAGCAGAUGAGAAGUUGUUUAAAAAUAUGCUCAAAAUAGAUUGAUUAGCUGUACAUAUUGUUCUAUCUUAAAUAAACUAAUUUUUUUGUUUCGUGAUGAUACAUUGACGUAGAAGUUUUUAGUUGCAUUAGUUAAUACUAGACAGCAUAUUUGUACAUUAU